CCCGACUGCGCUUGUCCCAUCCGGCUUGCCGUCCUCGCGACCAUGGCGGCUGCCGCGCUCUCCGCGUGGCUGACCCUGCAGCCGGGGACCAGGACCCUGCGUGCUUUCUGUACCUCCGUGUCUCCGGCCACCCGCUCCGCGAUACCAAGCCCGCGUACAGCAGACAGAAGACCCAGAUAUGAAAGACCACUGAGAAGAAAGGCACUACCUCCUAGGACAGAGAAAAUGACCGUUGACCAAGAUUGGCCUAGUGUUUAUCCUGUUGCAGCACCAUUUAAACCCUCUGCUGUGCCUCUUCCCAUUCGAAUGGGCUAUCCAGUAAAAAGGGGGGUGCCCCUGGCAAAGGAGGGAAAUCUAGAACUAUUAAAGAUCCCCAAUUUUCUGCAUUUAACUCCUGUAGCAAUUAAAAAGCACUGUGAAGCUCUUAAAGAUUUCUGCACUGAGUGGCCAGCUGCUCUGGACAGUGAUGAAAAAUGUGAGAAGCAUUUUCCCAUUGAAGUGGACACAACUGAUUAUGUUUCAGCAGGACCAUCUAUCCGAAACCCCAAAGCACGAGUAGUAACCUUAAGGGUUAAACUUUCCAGUUUGAAUUUAGAUGAUCAUGCAAAGAAGAAACUCAUUAAACUUGUGGGAGAGCGAUACUGCAAGACUACAGAUGUACUUACCAUCAAAACAGACAGGUGCCCUUUAAAGAGACAGAAUUAUGAUUAUGCACUAUAUCUGCUAACAGUUUUAUACCAUGAGUCUUGGAAAACUGAAGAAUGGGAGAAAGAUAAGACUGAAGCAGACAUGGAAGAGUAUGUAUGGAACAAUAGCUCCUCUGAAAAAAAUAUUCUGGAAACACUUCUCCAAAUGAAAGCUGCUGAGAAAAAUCUGGAAGUAAAUAAAGAAGAGCUCCUUGCUACGAAAGAAGUUGAAGAGUACAAAAAGUCUGUUGUUAAUCUUAAGAAUGAAGGGGACAGUGAAAAUACCCUUUCUCAGUACAAAGAAUCAGUGAAGAAACUAUUAAAUCUAAUGUGAUUUAUUUAGAA